AUGCGCUGGAUCUUAGGCUUACGUUCAUUCUCUUCUAUAUCGAAACCAUUUCGUCGAAUUGAGUCUGCAAAACAACUCGCUCGCAGAAUGGCUUCUCUCCCCACCACAUACGACGGGUCUGUCCCAAUCGCUGUCAUCGGCGGCACUGGUCUGCGCGAGUUGCCCGGCUUCACCCAGGUGGCCUCGCUGAAUAUCACAACCCCCUGGGGCGUGCCUUCUUCGCCCAUCAGUAUUCUACACCACGAAUGUAAGCACAACAACAAGGUUGUCGCCAUCGCCUUCUUGAGCCGCCACGGCUUGCACCACCAGAUCGCUCCUCAUGAGGUUCCCGCUCGUGCCAAUAUCGCCGCCCUGCGCUCCAUCGGUGUCCGCAGCAUUAUUGCUUUCUCCGCUGUCGGCAGUCUGCAGGAGGAAAUCAAGCCCCGCGACUUUGUCAUCCCCGACCAGGUCAUUGACCGCACCAAGGGCGUGCGCCCGUGGACUUUCUUCGAGGGUGGUAUUGUUGCUCACGUCCCCUUCGGCGACCCCUUCGAUGAGGGUAUCGCCAAGGUGGUGCGCGAGUGCGGACACAGUCUCGAGGGUGACGGUGUCGUCCUGCACGACCGUGGUACUCUGAUCUGCAUGGAGGGCCCCCAGUUCUCCACUCGCGCCGAGAGCAAGAUGUACCGCUCAUGGGGUGGCAGCGUCAUUAACAUGUCCGUCCUCCCUGAGGGCAAGCUGGCCCGCGAGGCCGAGAUCGCCUACCAGAUGAUCUGCAUGUCCACGGACUAUGACUGCUGGCACGAGUCCACCGCUGACGUCACCGUCGAGAUGGUCAUGGGCAACAUGAAGUCCAACGCUGACAACGCUCGCCGUUUCAUCACGGCAGUCCUUGAUGCCCUGGCUAGCGAGGAGCACACCGAGCUUGUCCAGGCUAAGCACCUGGCUGGCGGUAUUAAGUUCGGUGUUAGCACCCCUCAGGCUUACUGGAAGCCCGAGGCUAAGGAGAAGCUGGACUGGCUUUUCCCUGGCUACUGGUAGAUCUAGAGGCUUUGAGAUUUAGGCAGAUAUUGUUCUGCCUUGUCACUUGACGUGCAU